AUUUAAUUGGCUGUACUUUAUUUUCUGGCAACCCUAUCCAGAAGGGAGGUGGAAGCCUUUGAGCCACGACACAGCCUACAAAAUCAGCAGCUCCUGUGGAGCCCUCCCGGGAACUUGCAAAGUGUCACCGCAGGAAAUUUACGUAAUCUCCGGAGCUGGAGCUGGGAGCUCUUUACUUAGUUGAAUUAAAACGCGGGCCUAGCCUGACAGAGGCGGGAAAGGGCGUAGAAAUUUUGCAGUAAUGCUUCACACUCAGUACUGUAUUAUUUGCUAUCAAUUCAGUUUUCUUUCAAACUCUUGAACUACCCGUUUCUAAAGAGAGACGCUCAUCACUUAUCUAAUAGCUGAUUCGUCAAAACCUGUAGAAGGCAAAGAAACCAAAAGAGACUUCUAGCAAGAGACUGUGGAAACUAAGGCGGGUCAAUAACCACCGUAGUUUCACCUUCUGCGUCUCCUGCUCCGGGAGAAGGGCACUCGGUUCCUCGUCGAAAGUGUGGGGGCGGAGCAGGCGCGCGUCCCGGAGACCGAAGUCGCCCCCGCGCAGGCGCAGGAUCGCGAGAAGAUGGCGGCCGGGUUCAAAACUGUGGAACCUCUGGAGUAUUACAGGAGAUUUUUGAAAGAGAACUGCCGUCCUGAUGGAAGAGAACUUGGUGAAUUCAGAACCACAACUGUCAACAUAGGUUCAGUUAGUACUGCAGAUGGUUCUGCUCUAGUGAAGCUGGGAAAUACUGCAGUCAUUUGUGGAAUUAAAGCGGAAUUUGCAGCACCACCACCAGAUGCCCCUGAUAAAGGAUAUGUUGUUCCUAAUGUGGAUCUACCACCUCUGUGUUCGUCGAGAUUUCGGUCUGGACCUCCUGGAGAAGAGGCCCAAGUAGCUAGCCAGUUCAUUGCAGAUGUCAUUGAAAAUUCACAGAUAAUUCCGAAAGAGGACUUAUGCAUUUCUCCAGGGAAGCUUGCUUGGGUUCUAUACUGUGAUCUCAUUUGCCUUGACUAUGAUGGAAAUAUUUUGGAUGCCUGUACAUUUGCUUUGUUGGCAGCUUUAAAAAAUGUACAGUUGCCUGAAGUUACUAUAAAUGAAGAAACUGCUUUAGCAGAAGUUAAUUUAAAGAAGAAACGUUAUUUGAACAUUAGAACUCAUCCAGUUGCUACCUCCUUUGCGGUCUUUGAUGACACUCUGCUCAUAGUGGACCCUACUGGAGAGGAGGAACAUCUGGCAACUGGAACCCUAACAGUAGUAAUGGAUGAGGAAGGCCAGCUAUGUUGUCUUCACAAACCAGGUGGAAGUGGGCUGACUGGAGCUAAACUUCAGGACUGUCUGAGCCGAGCAGUUACAAGGCACAAAGAAAUAAAAAAACUGAUGGAUGAAGUAAUUAAGAGUAUGAAAGCCAAAUAACUACGUUUUCAAAACAUAUUUGUAAAAACUGUAUUUAUUACACUGCACAAAUCUUUCAUACUAAAUAAAUAUCAAACUACAUUUUUCUGAAGGACAUAUCUAGUAUUUCUUAGGCCACUUCAACAUGUUUUAUGUACAGUGGAACAAUUCUGAAAAAGCAGUGUCUUAAGCAAAUGAACCCUAAUGGUUUGUUAAAGCAUUUCCCUGUUUUUAUUUAAAAAUCAUAGGGUUGUGCUUCUGUAUAAAGUUUGUACAUCAAACAAUGUAAAAUACUGAUUAUGUUUUAAAAAACAAAAAUGAAGUAGAAACUCAAUCCUUUUGAUUCAUUGCUCUUGUUUUUAAAAAAGAAAAAAAAUAAUGCAAGACUCAGAA